AUCCGUGAACUCCGGAGAGCGCACGAAAACGACCACCGACCAGCAACCUUGCACGUGCAAGCGUGCGAGCGUGCGAGUAUGCGGGUCUCCUUUAAAGAGCGCAGCUACACACUUGCGCGUCACUGGAGGAUUCUGCGACGUCAUCAGGCUUGCGGCUCGUGAAUUUUGACGGCUCGGACUGUUGUCCUUCACGUUCACUCGGUUCGUGUGCCCAUUCCUCCGGCUCCACGAGCUUUUACUGGCCCACCAGCGCAUGGACGUGAGAGGCGCGAAUCAGCCACGCGACACCGCCGCCACCUCCCGCAGCCCCGGAGAUCGGUGCUGAGAGCGGAUUGGCUGCUGCUCCAGGGCGUAGAGCAGAGCGAGCGGCUCCGAUUGGCCCGUGAGGGAUGGCGGCGGACGCCGCUGCGCGACGUCGUCGUCGUUUCCUGAUGGUGUUCGACUUCGACGAGACGCUGGCGAACGAGAGCAGCGACGACGCGGUGGUUCGCGCGGCGCCGGGGGGACAGCAGCUCCCCGAUUGGCUGCGGGCGCAGUACCGGGAGGGCCGCUACAACGAGCACAUGCAGCGCGUCAUGGCGUGGCUCGGCCAGCAGGGGGCGACGGAGGACGCCGUCCGCGCCGAGAUCCAGAACAUCCCCGAGACGCCGGGCCUCGCGGCGCUGCUGGACUUCCUGCGCGCGCACGCGGACGACUUCGAGUGCGUGGUGAUGUCCGACGCCAACGCCUACUUCAUAGAGGCGUGGCUAGAGCAUACCGGCGCCCGGCAACUCUUCCUGGAGAUCUUCACUAACCCCGCCCACUUCGACGCCGCCUCCGGCCGCCUGGUGCUCGCCCCCUUCCACGCCCACGCCUGCCCCCGUUGCCCCGACAACAUGUGUAAACAGCGCAUCCUGCGGGACUUCCUGGAGGCUCGGCGUAGCGGGCGUAGCGGGCAUCAGGAGCGUAGCGGCGGGCAUCAGGAGCAUCAGGAGCAUCAGGAGCGUAGCGACGGGCAUCAGGAGCAUCAGGAGCGUAGCGACGGGCAUCAGGAGCGUAGCGAGCGUAGCGGAGGGCAUCAGGAGCAUCAGGAGCAUCAGGAGCGUAGCGACGGGCAUCAGGAGCGUAGCGAGCGUAGCGGAGGGCAUCAGGAGCAUCAGGAGCGUAGCGACGGGCAUCAGGAGCGUAGCGACGGGCAUCGGGAGCGGGCGUACGAGCGCGUGUUCUACGUUGGCGACGGCGCUAACGACGUGUGCCCGUGUCUGGCGCUGGAGACGCAGGACGUGGCGUUCGCCCGCCGGGACUUCCCCAUGCACCGCCUCCUCACCGCCGACGACACCCACGACACACACACACACACACACACACACACACACACACACACACGCACCGCUGCCACCGUGCAGCCGUGGAGCUCUGGACACGACGUGGUGCAGUACCUGCAGAGAGCACUGGAGGAGAGAUAGAGCAGAGGAGAGAUAGAGGAGAGGAGAGGAGAGGGGGAUAGAGGA